AUGGUCCCAUCACAAGACUGUUUCUCAGGAUGGUUUUUUCCCGGUUCGGUUCAUGCUGGGAAUGGGACAAUACAAGCACAACAUCAGCGUACAGACCCAUUGUCUUUCAGAGAGGAUGGAUUCAAGGAGGAUGUAUUCAAGGAGGAUGGAUUCAAAGAUGGAAGUUCGGUGGCAUCGUCGAAGUCAUCGGCGACAAGAUGGGUUGAGAACCUAAACAAUGCCGUGUUCUUUGCCGACGACGAGUUUGAUGACUCUGCAUCUGGGAACCGUGCUGCGUCGAGUAGCUCUGAAGAUCCUGUACGUUCACUAGGGGCCCAUUUACGUGGCACGUGUCAACCAUGUGUUUUCAAUGCUACGACUGCAGGUUGCUCAAAAGGCGACUACUGUGGUUACUGCCAUUUCGAUCAUCCCAUGACCAUGUUGAACCGCCGGGUGCGCAAGCGAACUCGCGACAAGAUCAAGCGAAGACUUUUGGAGAUCUUCAACCCGCCAGUUGACUUGGAAGAAGUGCAUGAGCUACUGCAGACGGAAGCUGCCCGUCAUAUCUUCGCACGGACUCUGUCAUUUGAGCUGCCCUGUCUGGAAGGCGGCAUUUGUUUGGGCUACGGCUCGCACUUCCGCAUGCACA